ACAAUAUACGUUGAGUUUUUUUCUUAAAUUUUGAUCCAAGAGAGUAUUUCUUGUGAGAUAUUUCCCUUAGUUUUAUUUAGGAAGCCAAGAGAAUUACGAAUUAGUGCUAAGGAUGUCUGAAAUUGAAGAAACAUUUAUUAGACCAUUCGGAGUAAUUAAGAUUGCCUUGCUGUCGUACUUGAUUUAUAUCAUUUAUUUCGACUCUGACGAAUACUGUGAUUAUGACUUAAGUUUGACUUGGUACUUCUUUGUAUUCAUAAUCGCUCAAUUCGACAUCGGCGAAUAUAAGGGACCUGAUACUGCCAACGAAAGGCCUUCUGAACAACAAGAUUUCAAUUUCCUAACCGAACCUGUGCCAAGUAUUUACCCAAACUCUAAAGAAAACCAUCUAAAUGGUGGUGGUGACCAUGAUAAUAACGUAGCAACAUGGAAAGUGACGCUUGCCUGCCUUCUUACUCUAGGAAUAGUAAUGAAAAUGUUGUUCCUCCUACGAAGAUCCACAGAGACUGUAGUGAGGAUUAUCUUAAUACUCGUCAUCUCUUUCUUAGCCACUGUAGUGGCAACCCUUUGGUUUUGGUACAUCCAAGCAAGUCCUCAACUCAGUAAAGGCUUCCUGACCCUACUCGUAUUGUUCACAACUGUGAUACUUAUUGUAUGCGUCACUAUAAUUUACUUAGUUUUAAAAUCGCGUCCAUCCUUCUUUGGAUUAUAUUCAGUUCGAUUUAUUGGGGAUGUUAUCAUGAAAUACAUUAGUCCAGCCACAGUCAUACUGAAGCAAUCGGCGGAAGCAAUAUUCUCCAUGCCCCAUCUUUUUGUGGUGUCAGUAUCGACAUUUUUUGUGAAACUGGUGAUAUUAAUCAUAUUUUUCGCCACGACAAUGUAUGUGGGCUCGGGAGGGACACUCCUCGAAACAAACGAAAGAUAUGGAAUCUAUACCACUGCCUACUUUUCCACAAUAUUGGACGCUUGCUUGGCUAUUUGGGCUGUUCAGUUCGUAACUGGAAUCCAGAAUAUGAUGUUGCGUCGAGCAAUGGGCAGAUGGUACUUUUCAAUGAUUAAACAUUUUCAGAGUCAUUCCAUCUUUGCCGUCAUCGAUGCCUUCACAUUUAAUUCCAGUACCAUCGGUUUAGAAUCUAUGAUGUUGACUAUAGCAGCUACUAUAACCUCGUUGUUAGCGACCUACAAGAGAAACUAUCUCGUGCGUUACUUUGCAACUUACGAGAAGUUCAUUAAUUUUUUAUACGAUAAGUUUUAUUAUUUUUCAGGAACAGGAUUUGUAACAUUGUUUAAUGUCCGGUCUGUAGCGACCUCCAUGGUGUGGAACAUCCUGCUAGGAGUCAUCACGUCUUUCUUUGUAAUUGUGGGAGCUUUGAGUUGCUGGUACAGUCAAGUCCUGGUUAACCAAGAUUUAUGGGUACUGAUAACAUUCUUCUCGAUUCUACUACUAAUUCUGUUUUCUGCAUUGAUCUUUCUACAGAAGAAAUUUACCAUGGUCAUUGUGGUGUUAAAAGAAUCUUUAAGAGCUGCUCUGCAUGUGCCUAGAACUGUGAUAUUUUCCACUUUGCUAUUUUUCGUGGAGCUAUUCAUAUUGAUCGCAUUUGCUACUAAGACCAUGAACAUGGGUUCCUCAGGAAUGCUGCCCGAGACAGUUCAGGAAUAUAUUAUGUUUUACAAGCAUAGGGCUAUGCUGUUUUUCUCCCUGGUACUAAAUGCUUGCUUGGCCAUCUGGGCUAUUAAAUUUGUCACUGGAGUUGAGGCAAUGAUCUUCAGCACAGCCGUUGCUAAACAUUAUUUUUCAAGAAGUAACAAUCGCUGGGACAAUGAUAUACAAACCAAAUUUCCAUCCUCUAUCUCCCAAAUUAACUUAGGGGCUAUCGCCUUCAAUUCCCUUUUGCAAUUUUUUGGCAGCAACAAGAACAUACCGGGAUCCUCUAUUAUUAAGAGAAGUCUAAUGUAUUUGUUCAAUAAUGGAUAUAUUUUGACAGGGAGUAUUACCAAUCAUUGGGCCCCUCACAAGGAAGAUGCACGGGAAAGGCAGAAUAUAUUCCCAGAAAUGAUGAGUGUCGCUACAUUCAACUACAUAGGGCACAAUAUUAUUUUAAUGAUACAACUGUUAGUGGUUCUUUUAUCGCUGUUGUCUACGUACUUGGUUAUGCUGGUUACAAAUUCGCCAUACCAGUGGGAAAUUUACGCCACAGUUGGUUUCAUAUCUACAGUUAUGGCAGUCACCUGCUUUUCGGUAUUUCAGAAUGUGAUCGAUUCCAUCCUUUUGUGCUCCUGUGAUGAUUGGUUAAUCAACGACGUUAUGGCUAGACCCUUUUCCAUGUCAGACAGCUUGACAUGGAAUAUAGCGAAUUCCUAGAAGGAUCUUACAAAGACAGAAAAAUGAAGAUUUUGAUUAUUUAGAUCCAUUAAUCAUGAAAUUAUUAUUUAUUUAUACUUUUAAGGUACAAUAAAAUAAUUUUGUA